AACAGCUCUCUCGCUUAGCGCUUGCUAGUCAUCAUCAUGCUGGGCGUGUAUCGCCGGGUGUUAGCAAUCCUGCCAUUUCUCGUUCUCGUGGUUGCUUCCUCCGGUGACAGAUCAUCAAAUUUUCAAAAUUGCAUCUCUGCAUGUUAUGGGAACCAGUGCCAGCAUCAGACGACACUUUCACUUGCCCUCAGACUAACGCGUUGGACGUGUACAGAUGACUGCAAGUACCAGUGCAUGCACAUGCUCACGGAUAUUGCAAUCCACGGAAGAUCGACGAUACAUCAAUAUUAUGGAAAGUGGCCUUUUUGGCGGCUCUUCGGAAUGCAAGAACCUGCCUCUGUCGCGUUCUCAUUGUGGAAUAUGUACUAUCACAUCCAAGGAUGGCGCCAGAUUCGCAGCAGAGUGCCAAAAGACCACCCCCUGCGAUCUUACUAUUUAACAUGGGCCAUAGUGAGCAUUAACACCUGGCUCUGGUCGGCAGUGUUUCACACAAGAGAUUUGCCUCUGACGGAAAAGCUGGAUUACUUCUCCGCUGCUCUAGUCAUCUUGUAUGCGUUGUAUUACGCGGUUCUACGGUUUCUCAAUCAAUACCCCAUUCGGAGUAGUGAGGAUGGCCGUAUUCAGCGCACCCCCGUGUUCCUCCUAUGGUCAUCCAUCUGCGCUGUAACCUAUGUCACCCAUGUCACCUAUCUCAGCAUUCUACCACGGUUUGACUACUCAUACAAUAUGGCAUUCAACCUCACUGUUGGUAUCACGCAUAAUUUGCUAUGGCUGCUAUAUUCCCUUCCUGCAUCGUUACCCCUCAUUCGGCGCUUUCCUUACAAACCAAAGACGUACAGACCACCAUACGCAUAUAAGGCAGCCGUAUUUGUCGCGCUUACAACGGCUGCAACUGCUCUCGAGCUCUUCGACUUCCCUCCGUGGGGUCGCAUCAUCGAUGCCCACGCCUUGUGGCACCUCAGUACUGCCCCUAUCGCAAAGUUCUGGUACGACUUCCUCAUUCAAGACUCGUUGGAUGAUGGAUGGAGGGAAUCGAAGAGGUGAAGACACCUUUGCCUUUAUUAACUGCCCCAUAAAGUGCACUAAACGUGUGGAUUCUAGUUGAUAAUGUCCAAGUGUCUAUAAGCUCUUCAUAUGCCCUGUUCAAAGACUGUGCUUUCUUCGUUUCCGUGCAAGCACGAGCAGAGAAACUGUGAUAUCGUCAGCGUCUUCACUUCCUUGCUUCAACAUACGGCACCUAGUACUGUAUCCAGGGAAUCCACCACAGAUGGCUCGAUCUCCAAAAAU